UCUCAGCUUGUUGCCAUGGAGACCGAGUACCACAGGACAGAGUUUGACCCGGAAGCGGAACUGAGUAGGCCUCGGCGGCGAAGUGCGGAAUUAAAGAUGUCAGACUAUGAAAAUCAGUCGUUGUCAGAGUCUGAGUCAGAAGAAUCGGUCAUCACUGACAAAGAGCUCCAGGCAGCAUUUUCCAGGGGUGCCCUGAAGCCAGGGCUGAAUGUCGUGCUUGAGGGGCACAAGAAGGCUCUUAACAAUGUGGAUGGCUUGAAGCAGUGUUUGUCCGAAUUCAAGCAACACCUAGCCUGGGUGGAAAGGCUGGAUGUGACCUCGGGUCAGGCACCAAACGUCAUGAAUCCAACCUUAUAUCACACACCUGACAAAGCUACCGUCGAUCCUGAAGAUGACUUCCAGAGAGAGAUGAGCUUUUACCGUCAGGCCCAAGCAGCAGUGCUGAAAGCCCUGCCUUGGCUACAUCACCAAAAAGUCCCCACAAGGAGGCCAGAUGAUUACUUUGCAGAGAUGGCCAAAUCUGAUCAACAGAUGCAGAAGAUUCGACACAAGCUUAAGAGCAAACAGGCAGCAAUGGAGAAGUCUGAGAAAGCAAAACAGCUUCGUGCACUGAGAAAAUAUGGCAAAAAGGUACAAACAGAGGUUCUGCAGAAGAGGCAAAAGGAAAAAGCAACUGUGCUGAAUGCAAUCAAGAAAUACCAGAAAGGUCUCUCUGACAAGCUAGAUUUCCUGGAUGGGGAACAGCCACCACCACAUCAGAGGAAGAAGGAAGGAGAUGGUGGUCAACGAAUAAAGAAAGGACCAAAUUCCAAGCGACGUUACAAGAAUCAGAAGUUUGGUUUUGGUGGGAGGAAGAAAGGCUCAAAAUGGAACACACGGGAGAGUCACAAUGAUGUAUCCAGCUUCCGGGCUAGUGUGGCCCACAACAAGGGCCCUGGGAAAGCAGGGAAAAAAAGUUUCAAAAAGAGACCAGGCAGAAAGAUGAGGCAGAAAAUGAAAAGUCGAACCUGAUAAGGAUUGAGAGGGAUAGACCCUGCUUCCCAGUGGCUUUGGUUUAGUUUCUAUGUAUGUAUGAAUUGCAGUUGUUCCUUCUGACACUGGAGUCUUCAGGCAGUUCUAACUGCUGUAGACCAAGCUGGGUGGUGCCAUUUGAGGCAAAUGGUUGCAGUGGAAGUGCAUGUACAGUCCCUAAUCCUUUUGUACUGUUAGUUUUCCUCCAAGAUUUUCUUCUGCUUCUCAAGCCUUGGGCCUGGCAUAUGUGAACUCAUUAAAUAGUGUGGACAGAUCUCA